CGGCCGCAGUUCGCUGGUGAGACCCCCGCCCGCGACCCCUACCUGCGCGGGGCCUCGCCCGCUCUGGGACCCCCAGCCUCCCGCGCGCCUGGGGAUCCUGGGCGACGUUCCCGGCGUCCGCGAUCCCCGGUCCGUCCGCUUCGGCCCACGCAAAGGGUCGGUGAGGAGGGUCUGACACCCCCUCCCCCAUGCACUAGGUCUCUAGCUGCUCCCACAGGUGGCAGAGGGGGACAGGAAGGUGCUUUUCAUGUAGGAGCAAUCACCUGGAACUCGAAGCAGGGCGGCGGCGGCAGCAUGGAGGCACGCUUCACCCGCGGGAAGUCGGCGCUGCUAGAGCGUGCCCUGGUGCGGCCCCGCACCGAGGUGAGCCUGAGCGCCUUCGCGCUGCUCUUCUCGGAGCUGGUGCAGCACUGCCAGAGCCGGGUCUUCUCCGUGGCCGAGCUGCAGGCGCGCCUGGCUGCCCUGGGCCGCCAGGUGGGCGCCCGCGUUCUGGAUGCGCUUGUGGCUCGCGAGAAGGGUGCCCGGCGCGAGACCAAGGUGCUGGGCGCUCUGCUGUUCGUCAAGGGUGCGGUGUGGAAGGCGCUGUUCGGCAAGGAGGCCGACAAGCUGGAGCAGGCCAAUGACGACGCACGCACCUUCUACAUCAUCGAGCGGGAGCCGCUCGUCAACACCUACAUCUCAGUGCCCAAGGAGAACAGCACGCUCAACUGUGCCAGCUUCACGGCGGGCAUCGUGGAGGCGGUGCUCACACACAGCGGCUUUCCCGCCAAGGUCACGGCACACUGGCACAAGGGCACCACGCUCAUGAUCAAGUUCGAGGAGGCGGUCAUAGCCCGAGACCGGGCCCUGGAGGGCCGCUGACCCCACGGGAGAUAAAGAAUGCAGAGCCUCCUUCC